CCCAGAGCCUGGAGCCUGCUUCGGAUUCUGUGUCUCCCUGUCUCUCUGCCCCUUGACAAAGGCCUUGAUGAAGCUGGAGAAUUGAGUCCCUAAGUCUUCUUUGCCAGUGGAAGCUGUCUACCUACCCCAAUGGGUUUGGCCUCCCCAUGCCUAGUGAUAGGGUCACCCGCCGCCCCAGUGGUAGUGGCCUCCAUACCCACAGUGGUGUCACCUCUCCACUUCAGUCUGAGGGGUUAACUCUGCUUUGCCUGAGGAAACGAAUGCCUCCCCACCAGGCAGUUGCCACCCAAGACAAUGCCAAAUCUCCUCAUGUCCCACCCUUAACACUCCUCUUUGCUUCUAGAUCCAUAAUUAGACUCAUUUGCCGGCAGGCCCCUAAGGAUAAGGUGCAGUGUGAUCUGUGAGAAAGUGUUCUACACUCCAGAAGAACGACUUGAGUUUUCUAAUUUAUACAGACAGAAAUCCAGGGAACAUGUGUGGGAAAGGAUAGAUUCAGAGUGUGGGCUAAUGUGGGAAAGAACAUAAAGUUGGAACGGGCUGAAUGUAUUGAUAUGGGCUCACUAAGCAGAGAUUCUGCGUUUAAUGUUGCAGCCUGGGAAUUUACAGUUUGUUUGGUGGAACCCGGACCACAGGUAGCCCACAGUGAGUGAGUUGGAAAUGCCAGACCUGCCUAGGUUUAAUGUAGAGUUGUGGAUUUAGAGGCUUGGGGAGAUUGGAGUGUUAGAAUGGGUUUAUCGGGUUAGACCUACUCACCCACGCUGGAAGAGUCCAGAGGACAUACCUUGCACAAUGACUAUGAGAAAUGGAUUGUGAGGGGAGCCACAAUAUCCUUGAUGAGCUCUGGGAUUGCUGUUCUCUGUAGGCUAGAUCUUACAGUGGAAACUUCAGCCACCAUGUUGGAAAACUUAAAUGAAGUGGGAGUAAUUGGGUCCUGGGAUGGCAGAGGCCAAGUAGCAGCAUCAACAACCGAAGGCAAAGUACAAAUGAUUGCUGUAGUGGACUGGAAUAGUCUGACUUACUCCAAUGGUUGGUGGUGACUAGUUGACCGUGGUGCUCCUGGAAGAGAAAUUAGGUAGAAAGUCUAUUAAAUUCUUGCUUGAUCUGUUUAAGCAGAAAAGUUCAAGGUCAAGUAAACAAAAACUAACCUUAAUCAAAAACAGUGAGUCCCAACCUCUUAAUAAAUUCCCAGAGAUGGUUUACAGACCUAGAAAUUUUGGAAUGAAAGGGGGCCAAGUCCUCUUGAGGAAGGACCCCUGUAUACUACCCUAAACUUAUUUGAUUAAUCUUUUUCCUCACCUUCCCAAUCAGGACCUUCAGCCUUUUACCAGGGUAAUUGUAUAGGGUAACUGCUUGAGGUUAAAUCUGCAUUUCUUUGUCUCUUUUCCACCAUUUCAUCAGCUACAUGGAAUCAGAAAAUCAAACAUGUGUUUCAGAAUUUAUCCUCCUGGGUGUCUCAGAAGAUGUAUUACUCCAGCCCCUCCUCUUUGGACUGUUUUUGUCCAUGUAUCUGGUCACAUCCAUUGGGAACCUGCUCAUCAUCGUGGCCGUUAUCAUGGACUCCCACCUCCACACGCCCAUGUACUUCUUUCUCUCCAAUCUCUCUUUGGCAGACAUCUGUUUCAUCUCCACCACCAUCCCUAAGAUGCUACUGAACAUCCAGACACAGAGCAAAGUCAUUACCUAUGCAGGAUGCAUCACCCAGUUGUACUUUUUCAUGCUUUUUGGAGUUCUGGACAACUUCCUCCUGACUGUGAUGGCCUAUGACCGGUUUGUGGCCAUCUGUCACCCCCUCCACUACACGAUCAUCAUGAACCCCCGCCUCUGUGGGCUCCUGCUUCUGGCAUCCUGGAUCAUGACUGCCCUGCACUCAUUGUUACAGAGCUUAAUGGUUUUGCGACUCUCUUUUUGUGAAGAGUUGGAAAUCCCUCAUUUUUUCUGUGAACUUAAUCAGCUAAUCCAUCUUGCUUGUUCUGAUACUUUUCUCAAUGAUUUGGUGAUGUAUUUUGCUACUGGCCUUGUAGCUAUUGUUCCACUCACAGGGAUCCUCUUCUCUUACUCUAAGAUUGUAACCUCCAUUUCCAGAAUUUCAUCAGCUGGAGGCAAGUACAAAGCAUUUUCUACAUGUGGGUCUCACCUCUCAGUUGUCUCCUUGUUCUAUGGCACAAGCCUUGGGGUGUAUCUGAGUUCUGCUGCUGCACAAAACUCCAGGGCCAGUGCCAUAGCCUCAGUCAUGUACACAGUGGUCACCCCCAUGCUGAACCCUUUUAUCUAUAGUCUAAAAAACAAAGACAUAAAGCAAGCCCUUAAAAAGCUCUUCAGCCAAGAAACGUUCUCUACAUAAGGGUAUUAUUUGUAUGAAGACAGAGACUUGAUCGUGAGUAACAAUGCUCAAAACCCCACAGGACCUAAGUCAUGAUAAUGUUAUAAACUCACAGAAUGGUAAUCCGCAGUUUAUGUUAUCUCAAGGGUUCAGCCUCUUUAAUUUUUCAUACAUGAUAAGUAACUGUUUCUUCUGUAUUUUAUUUAAAACUUUGAUCUCUCAUAUUUUGGGAGGUCAGUGUGGGAAAUAGAAUCCAGUGCAUGAGUGUUCAGCAGCAAAUAUAUGUAAUACAGGAGGUUUAGUACUUAUAAUAUUAUAGGAAGAGCUAGAGGAAUAAAUGUGUAAUGCUUCCCGUGCCAAUGAGAGCAGCUGCCCUCAAAGAAAAUUCUGGUCUCAAAGAAAAUUUACUUGACACAUCAAAGGCUAUAUACCAAUCACUAAAGUUUGUGUGAAUCCACUUUAGAAAUUGAACACAUUGCAGAACAGAAGAAACUGGAGUCACCAUUGGGUAAAGUCUACAAUAAUCCACAUUCACUCUCUAAGAUCUAAUUUUCUUCUGCACCAUCUAAAACAUGAGUCUGGCACAACAGAAAUGACAGCCCUUGACAUUCAAGAAUUGAUAGUGUCAUUGAUCUUUGGAAUUUCCCCAGGGAUGCAUUGCUAUUCUUAACAUUUUUAUAGGCAAGAACACUAUCAGAGGAUCUAUUUUGCUCCCUCUUAAUAUAAUGUCCCUUUCUCAGAUUAUAAAAGCACUGUGGGUAUUUUGCCAAAUUCCAUCUAUGGCUUUUCCAUCUCUUCAUGUUAGAAAUUAGGUCAUAAUAACAGGAUACAGUUAUGGACCUGAAACGCACUUUGUGAAACAUAAUGAGGUUAAUACUUUGUCAUCACCUGACCCAGAAGUGACAUCACUAAUUUGUAUGCUAUAAUGGUAAUUUCCUAUUUCAGACUCCCUACUUCACAAUUUUCUGAUAAAUUUCCACAGGAAGGAAGGAAGGAAGGGAAAGAAAGAAAGAAAUGAAUGGUAGAAAAAUGCCCAAUUACAUUAUUUGCCAAUUUCUAUAGUAUAAAUCUCUCACAUGGCUAACUUUAAGCUACCCAUGUGACUUUUACCCAACAAAGUGGGAUGAGACAUGCAUGGUCAUACCUCAUAACCCAUUAGGAACCAGCUCCAGCACAUAAACAUCUUUGUGUAAAGUCAGGAGAAAAAUAAAGAGCAUUAGUGUGUUGCAGUUCUAAUGUUUUUUCAAGGUGAGCUGGUCCCAUCAUUUGAGGGUCAAUGAAAAGUCUCAGGCUUGAGUAAUUGCGACUCUUCAUUCUGAUGACUUAGGCCAACUUUCUUUGUAUGAGAACUUGAAUUUUUCUUAGUUAUACAGAUGGAUGGGAUCUUAGUAAGAUGCCCAUCACUUUUAAUUAAGAAGGCAUCAAGAUCAAUGGCCUAUUCCAAAAAGUCCCUAUGGUUCAAUCAAUUUUGAUUAACGUUUGAUCUUUCUACCCAUUACAUUAACGAUAAAUUCUUCACCUCUCACUUUGAGUGACAUCUGCUCGGUCUCUGCCAGUUUGGGAUGUCAUUCUCUCUGUUGAACCUAGGUUGAACGUGUUCCAAUGUCAGCACCUCCCAUGUUGUGAUAACUCCGUCACGCAGAGGACAACCACUACAGAACUCUGCAGAGAUGUCGCACACCUCACCAAUGUAUUUCUCAAUCUCUUGUUGAUACUAUGGCCUCUGACUGCUUUCUUAAGACAUUCUUGGGAGUUUAGAUGUUGAAUCACUGGAGAUAAAUCUACACAGCACUGCUUUGGUCUCAUCCCAUAAGUUUAUGUAUGUUGUGAUUUAUCUGAAGAUCGUUUCUAAUUUCCCCUAUGAUUUCUUCUUAGUCAAUUGAUUGUGCUCUGCAAUUUUCACAUAGUUGUGGAUUUUCCAGUUUUCCUCCUUAUAUUGAUUUCUAGUUUCAUUCCCUGUGGUUGGAGAAGAUACUUAGAGUAAUUUCAACUUAAAAAUGUACUGAGAAUUGUGUUUUCUGUCCUUUUUUGGUGUCAAUUUGAUUUUUGUAUACUGACACACUUUGACUCCCUUCUCAUUUCUUUUGGCCUGUAGUUUAUAGAUAUUUUAGUUGUAGUUACCAUGGGGAUUACAUGUAACAUCCUAAGCUUGUAACAAUAUCAUUUGAAGUGAUAUCAACUUGACUUCAACCAUAUAUAAAACUCUACUCCU